CUUAUGUAUAUGGCAAUGGCUGGCAGACGUCAAUAGUACUUAGACAUACUUAGAACACUGCUACACGUCAUUCCAAAUAUUAUGAUGUUCAUUACCGUAGUCAUUCUUUUGCAGAUCACGGCUAAUUGCAACGCGGAUGUUGGUGCCGGAUGGAAAAUCACUCAUGAAUUGGUAACGCUGGCAUUAAAAAAAAAGUUGGGAUUCGAAACGACAGUGAUGGGUGCCACAGAAAAACAUGUAACAUUUCUCUACUGGAAUUCAAAUUGCGGAAAUAAUAAUCCAGCGGAGUUAAAAUUAAAUCAGGAAGAAGAAUUGUUUAAGUAUUGGAUUGAGGGUUUGCCUCUCAAAGUCAUCGUUCACGGUUGGCUCGAUUCAACUGAGUACGAAGACGACGGCGUUACCUGCGUUAAAAAAGCAUACGUGGAUGUUGGAGGAUUUAACGUGAUAACGGCGGACUGGGGAGAAUUGGCCAAUAGCCAAACUUACCCGAUGGCUGCCAUUUUUACCAAAGACGUUGGCGCUAUCAUAGCUCGGCUGUUACACAACAUAAUGCAGUUGGAAAUAAUCCAGCCUAAAGACAUUCAUAUAAUAGGACACAGUCUGGGCGCCCACAUCGCAGGAGUUAUCGGUUCACAUUUCACUGGGUCAGACCAAAUCGGCAGGAUAACAGCCCUAGAUCCGGCGUGUCCCGGAUUUGAAAUUUUCAAAAUAAAUACCCAACGUCUUAGAUCCACUGAUGCUUUAUUUGUUGACGUGAUUCAUUCAUCUGCGGGCACGGGAGGUUAUUCAAAAUCGAUUGGACACGCUGACUUUCGCCCCAACGGUGGAAAAGCGCCUCAACCAGGAUGUUUCAGUGGGUUUCAGCCCAUGGAUAUAUUCAAAGCCAUUUGCUGCAGUCAUUCGAGGGCGUACUUACUUUACGCCGAUUCCGUGUACCACAGAAAUUCUAUGCAAGCCGUAGAAUGUGGUUCUUGGGAUGAAUUCAAUAAUGGCGGUUGCACUUCCGGAUAUCAAUCUUAUAUGGGACACGAUGCCAACCCCAAUGCACGUGGUGAUUUUUAUUUGGAGACGAACAGAUCUGCGCCGUACGCACAUGCUGGAGCUGGUACGUCUUACUAUUACCAAGAGGAAAUGUAAAAUAUGUUCUUUUUCAAGACACUUGGGCCGAUGACCGACUAUAAUGGAACUGGACCCUCAUAAAUAAUUAAGAUUUUCUUUUCAGAUUCAAGAUACAAAAUUUGUUUGUAAAAAAUGUAAUUAUUAUAUUGUCAACAAUACGCUUUCAUUAUUAUUUCACUUUUUAUGGCAAUAUAUGUGUAAACAAGUUA